AUGGAUCCUAAGGACACUCAAAAUAUAUUAAAGGAACAUAAUGUCCCCGUUGUGGAUGUGGACUGGGUGAUAAGGUCGAAAGUUAAAGAUAAAGAGAAGUCUGAACGUAAAGAUGGCGAGAGCAAAGGCACCGGUGACAAUGGUGGCAACCUGUUCAAGGAUAGUUAUCUCGAAUCUGAGAGUCUAAGUGAAGUGAAGAAAACCAGUAGUAACGAGGAUAUUGAAACCACGGAGAUUGAUUCCUCGCAUGUAAUAGAUUCAAGGGCCGAUGACUUACCACCUGCGGGACUGCAGCUAAGAAGGACGCAAUCUGAAUCCAUAGCUGAUACGGGGAAUUACAGGAUGAGAAGUGGGUCUGUGGAUUCGAGAAGUGAAAAGAAAUCUGGGUUUUUGAGAAGUCUUUUCAGCCGUAAGAGAUCUCAAUCCCAAUCCCAACCUACUUCCAGAACGCAGACGCCUCCUCCAUCUUUAACUGUAGACACUAAAACUAAAAGGUCAGCCAGCAUAGCUACUCCUUCAAAAAAUAGCCGUUUAGCUGAAGAAAGUAAUACUCAGCGUGGAGAGCGUGCUCUCCCCGGUCAAGAGAAUACUAGAUCCCAAAAUUUGGCGAGGAGUAAAGAAGAGUCCGUACAUCAUCAUUAUCACCAUCAUCACCACAGGGACUCUUACUCUGGUGGUGAAUCAUGUCAGGUUUCUGAGAAUAAUAAAUUUGGAAAUACAAAGGAAGAUAAGAGAUUGAUGGAAUUUUUGAAGUAUUAUAAGUCUAAAAAUUAUUCAGUCUCUGCAUUUAAAGAUACUGCUUCAAGCUCCACGAAACGAGCUUUAUUCUCUAUAGUAGACGAUAACAACGAAGGCUACGAAAAUAUUUACUCGAAAGAGAACAGUAGUAAAAAAUUUGAUGUCAAAGGGAGGCCUAUCCCACCUCAUCCAGAUACGUCAAAGCUGCCUUCUGCCAUAAAAGCAUCAACAAAUAAUAUCUCGACAGAUACUAGUAACAAUAGAAGUAAUACUACCCUCGAUAGCGAAUCCUCGGCGACUCCAUUAUCUGCGAAUUAUAACUCAAAUAAAUUUGGUGCUUUCUUAAAAAAAGUGACCUCAUACGGUAAUUCCAAUGUCAAUGUUCCUGAUUCAACCGCUGUAGCAACAAAUGUGACUAAAAAUCCCUCUAAGUCUAACUUGAAGAACGAUUCAAAACUAUUUGAUCCUGCUAAGGCAUCCGCUGUACCAGGAUUAGAAGACAUGGGAACUUUAAAACAUGUCUCAUUUGCAACUAACACGUACUUCAAUGAUCCUCCGCAACAAAUUUGCAGUAAGCAUCCAAGAAAGGGAGAGGUAGAAGUAAAAUCAAACGGUUCCGUCAUAAUUCAUAAGUUAUCUCCCGAAGAAAAAAGGAAAAUAAUGGAAGAAUCGAGUACAGGUAUCGUGGUUGGAGGUUCCGGUCAAUUAAAGUUACUUUCUCCUAACUUAAGUUUGUGUAGUUUGAAAAAAAAAGAAGAGGGCAGACCACAACAAAAUAAUGACACAGAAGGGAAGAAAAAUGAUGUAGUUCUUGACUCACAAACAAGGAACAUUAGAGUAGCUGCUGCAGAAGCUGCUGCAGAAGCAAGAGCUAAGGAUUCUCCCGGUAUUAAUGAAGAUGAUGUUAAAGUGAGUAAGACUGCAUCACAUUUGACCAUCGAUAAGCCAAUGAUCACAAGACGUUCCUCGUCAAACACACUUUUAUCAACCAUGCCAUCUUCCGCAUCAUUGCCAUCCAUGAGCUCCACUUCAGAUGACGAGAUGAUCCCACCACCAAACAUAAAAAUUCCUCAUGAUGUUGUAUACACUAGAUGUUGCCAUUUGAGAGAGAUUCUACCUAUACCUGCCACUUUGAAACAACUUACCCCGGGGUCUACAGACCCAAUCCCAUUAUUACAACUGCGUAAUCCAAGACCAUCCAUGGUUGAAAUUUGGUCUUUCUCUGAUUUCAUUAGAGUUUCUCCGAUCUCAUGUAUAUCUCUGGACGGUGUUAGUCUAUCAGUGGAAAUGCUAAAAACAAUAUUGAGUGCACUAGCCAACAAGGCUAAUUUUGAAAAAUUGUCGCUUCGUAAUACUCCAUUGGACGAAGAAGGUUGGAAAUUACUGGCAUAUUUUAUUUCCCAUUCAAAGGCAUUGAAUGCUCUAGAUUUGACAAUGGUUCCUCAAAUCAAGACCAAUGUUCAAAAACCAUCAAAAUCUUCACUGAGAAAUAAGAAUAACAUUACUCGUAUGGAAUGUAACUUAGAUAAUAGAUCCGAUAUGAAUUGGAAUUUGAUGGCGGGUGCCAUAACCUUCAAAGGAGGUGUAGAGGAGUUGGUUUUAUCAGGAGCAAAGAUGACCGUAUCACAAUUUAAGAUUUUCAUUGAAGUUGCAUGUGUCAAAACUACAAGAUUGGGGUUGGCAUAUAAUGAUUUGACUUUAGAACAAUGUGAAAUCCUCGCCAAAUGGUUGGUAAAUUCCAAUGUCAUUGGUCUAGAUAUCGGAUUCAAUGAUUUAUCUGGUAAAUUAGAAGCGUUCCGUGAAGCUGUCUGGAAUAAGAUUUAUAAAGAGGGAAAGAAAAAUGUUUUCAGGUAUCUUUCAUUGAAUGGAACAAAUUUACAAGUCAAUGAGAACGAUACAAGUAAAACCAAUGAUGUGUUGAAAUUGAUAAGUACCCUGAGUUAUGCAGAAGAUUUGAGGUUUCUGGAUUUAUCCAACAAUCCGAAAAUGUUCCCACAUUGUUUAAGCACAUUGAUGAAUACAUUACCUGUUUUCGUUUCACUAUUAAGACUUCAUUUGGAUUAUAACGGGAUGUCUUCGACGGAUGUUGUGACAUUAGCAGAGAUUCUACCAUUAUGUACCAAGCUGAAGUAUUUUUCCAUGUUAGGUACUCCAUUAGAUUUGGCCGCUAGUAAAGCAAUGGCGGAAGUUAUGAAAAAAAAUUCCUCUUUGAUUACAUUGGAUAUUGACUAUAUUUAUGUCCCAGAAAAGAUCAAAGAUCAAAUUUCUUUGUACACCAUGAAUAACAUUCAAAACGAGUUGACUAGGGUUAAGGAAAAUGACACUCAAAAGCCUGAUUUCAUUAAUAACGCAGACGCCAAAAAGAGAAAAGACGCUGCUUACAAUUUGAAGAAGCAAUUGGUGAUGCUGCUCACUGAAGACCUUGAUAACGUUGACAGAGAGGAAUAUAAUCAAACAGUGAAAAAAUUUAUUAUCAGGCUAUCUAUAGCCAGAGAAAAGAUUACUAAGGUUGUCCAGGACUUGUUUUCCUUAAGGCUUCAAGGGGAAUUAAAUUUUGAAGGUAAAGAAACUCUAAUUAGACUUUGUGUCAUUGAUGCAAGUCUUGAAAAAGGAACACGAUUAUUGAAAGAAAGAACAGAUCAUAAGGAUUCUAUGGAAAUAAUGAAUGAACCACGUUCUCCUGACGGCACCGCUCAAAGAGAAGCCAUUCUGGAAUUUUCUUCUUUUGGCAGAACGGGCCAUACUGCACUAUUACCUUUCAGUUCCGCUCAAAUUGAAAAAACAUCCAAUGAUGCAGAAGACGCUGUACCGUUGACGGAGAGUCCUGAACCUGAACAUUUGAAGCCUUCUGUUCCAAAUGAAGAAACAGGUGAGGAACAUCAUGAUUCCUUACCAAACACAGUAUCUCAGGAAGAGAGGGACGCAUUAGGGCGUGCUGCAGAAAGCAUGGAUAGUGAUCAAAUCAAAGAAUUCUUGUUGAGAAGUGAUGUAGCGUCUGUAAUCAACGCAAUUGAUGAGUUACAUAGGCAAGGCUAUCAUCUCCAUCACAUAUUCAAAAGACAAGGGGGAAAUUGUCCAGAGAAAAACUGUCUGAACGUGUCAGAUUCCUCAAGCGCAGAUUUUGAAGGACUUCACCAAUCGAAAACUGAAGAAUCUCAGCCGGUAGAGAAGUUAGGCGACGUUGCCGUACUAAACUCCAAGGACUACAAAAAUACAUGGACUCUCAAGAAGAGGAAGCCAUCAGCGCAGCAUAUGACCAAGUGCUGGAUAAGUUGGAACGCAAGAGAGUACCUAAACAGCAUGAAAAUUCAUAAACUAUGA